AUAAGCCAAUCCUUUUUACAUACAAAUAUUUCUUCUAUAACAAGUCUUUAUUAUAAUUUGACUCAUCAUGGCUAAAAGAUUGAGUUUAUUCAUCAUGGUCAUAUCUCUUCUUGCUUGUGCACCAAUAUUAUGUUUGUCUAGCAAGACAAAUUAUUAUGGUUACUUGUACCCACAAUUUUAUGAUUGGUCAUGCCCAAACGCAAAAGAAAUUGUUAAGUCUGUUGUUGCUAAGGCCGUAGCCAGAGAAGCCCGGAUGGCUGCCUCUUUGCUUAGGCUUCAUUUCCACGAUUGCUUUGUCAAGGGGUGUGAUGCAUCAUUGCUUCUGGACAGCAGUGGAACCUUAAUAAGUGAAAAAUUAUCAAAUCCCAAUAGGAAUUCAGCACGUGGAUUUGAAGUAAUUGAUGAAAUUAAAUCUGCACUUGAAGAGGAAUGCCCUCAAACCGUCUCUUGUGCUGAUAUAUUAGCACUUGCUGCAAGGGAUUCUACAGUUCUAGCUGGUGGACCAAGCUGGGAGGUUCCAUUAGGAAGAAGAGACUCAAGAGAUGCUAGUUUAAGUGGCUCCAACAAUAAUAUUCCUGCUCCCAACAACACAUUUAAUACUAUUCUCACUAAAUUCAAGUUAAAAGGACUUGAUCUUGUUGACCUUGUUGCUUUAUCUGGGAGCCAUACAAUUGGAAAUGCAAGAUGCACUAGCUUCAGGCAGAGACUCUACAAUCAAUCAGGAAAUAAUUUACCAGAUUAUACACUUGACCAAUCUUAUGCUGCGCAAUUGAGCACUAUGUGCCCAAAAUUUGGUGGCGACCAAAAUUUAUUUUUCUUGGAUUAUGUCACACCAACAAAAUUUGAUAACAACUAUUACAAGAACUUGUUGGCUUCAAGGGGUUUGUUGAAUUCAGACCAAAUUCUUGUGACAAAAAAUCAAGCAUCAUUAGAAUUGGUGAAAUUAUAUGCUGAAAAUAAUGAGAUUUUUUUCGAGCAAUUUGCGAAGUCUAUGGUGAAAAUGGGAAAUAUUUCACCUUUAACGGGAUACAAGGGAGAGAUCAGGAAGAAUUGCAGGAACAUGAACUAAGAGAAAUUAAUUAUUGUGUUUGUAUUUGAUGCAUUUUUAUGUUUUUCUUUGAACGUUAUUCUAAAUUUUCUUAUUUUUGAUGGUUAGUUUGUAUACGUCCU